AUGACAUCUGGUAAUGUAAUGUUAAAACAUCAAGAUGUUACAAUUGAAAGAAUUGAAAAAUUUCUUAGUGAUACCUAUUUCGUAAGAGAAAACCUUUAUGGAAAAUUAAUUUCUUUAAAAUCAUCAGAAGCUGUAAAAGUUAAAGUAUCUCCAAAAGUUGAAGGAAUUUCUUAUAAAGAUGCAAUUCAACUUGAAUAUAAAGAUACAAAGAUUGGAGAAUCAUUUGGACCAUCAUGGACAAAUUAUUGGUUUAAAGUUACAAUUGACGUACCAACUGAUUGGAAAGAUAAAACUAUUCAUUUCAUUUGGAAUUCAUCUUGUGAAGGUUUAAUUUGGAUGAAUGGUAUUGCAAUUCAAGGUUUAAUUGGUGGAACAUGGCAAGAUUUAAGAGAAGAAUAUAAAUUAAUUGAAAAUUCAAAAGGUGGAGAACAUUUUGAAUUUUAUAUUGAAAUUUCAUGUAAUGGUAUGUUUGGAGUUGGUAAGGAUGGAUUAAUUAAUCCAUGUGAUCCAGAUAGAACAUUUGAAUUGACUAAAGCAGAGAUUAGAGUAAAGAAUAAAGAAGCCAAUGAAUUGUAUAUGUAUCUUCAAAUGUUAUAUGAUGUUGGUAAGAAUUUCCCAAAGGAAUCAUUAAGAAAGAAACAAGCAAUUUGGGUGGCCAAUGAUAUCAUUAACCAAUGUAAUGUAAAUGAUUCAAGAACAUUUUCAAAAUGUAUUGAAUUGGCAAAGAAAGAGUUUUUUUCACAACAUAAUUCAGAAUCACAAACUAGAGUAUGGGCAGUUGGACAUUGCCAUAUUGAUUUAUGCUGGUUAUGGAGUUUUGAAAAGACCAAAGAGAAAUGUGCAAGAUCAUUCUCCACACAAAUCCUCUACAUGGAUUACUACCCACAAUUUAAAUUCACCCAAUCUCAAGCACAAGCUUACCAAUGGACCAAAGAGAACUAUCCAGAACUUUAUGAAAGAAUCAAAGAGAAAGUAGUCACUGGCCAAUUCAUCCCCACCGGUGGUACAUGGGUCGAAAUGGAUGGUAAUCUCCCAUCUGGUGAAUCAUUCAUCCGUCAGUUCCUAUACGGCCAAAGAUUCUUUGAAAAGGAAUUUGGUAAAAAAUGCACAGAAUUCUUUUUACCAGAUACAUUUGGUUACUCUGCUCAAUUGCCACAAGUUAUUCGUCAUAUGGGUAUUGAAAAUUUUAUCACUCAAAAAUUGUCUUGGAAUAAUUUAAAUAAAUUCCCACAUAGUACAUUCAUUUGGGAAGGAAUUGACGGAUCAAGUGUGUUAACUCAUUUCCCACCUGCUGAUACUUAUAAUUCACAAGCCGAUGUAAAGGAAAUUGUAAUGUCAAGUAGCAACAAUAAGGAUAUCGACCGUUGCAAUGAAUCAAUGUUACUCUAUGGCAAUGGUGACGGUGGUGGUGGUCCAACCAUUCCAAUGAUUGAACGUUUAACCAUACUAAAAGAUACUGCUGGUAUACCAAAAAUUGAAUUUUCAACACCAGCUCAAUUCUUCAAACAAUUGGAACCACAUCGUUCAAAAUUAAAUAAAUGGGUUGGUGAACUUUAUUUUGAAUUACACCGUGGUACCUAUACAUCACAAGCCACUACAAAAAGAGGUAAUAGAUUAUGUGAAAUUGAAUUGCAUGCCACUGAAAUGUUAACUUCCUAUUGUGAAUUAUUCGUAGAAGGUUUUAAAUCACCAAAUCUCUCAAAACUUUGGCAACAAGUUUUACUUUGUCAAUUCCAUGAUGCAUUACCAGGUUCAUCAAUUCAAGUUUGCUAUGAAGAUAUCUUAAAAAUUCAUCAACAAGUUUUAGUUGAAUGUAAAAAUAUUAUCACACAAUCUAUGAAUCAUAUAACUGGUACUCUAUUGAAAAUCGAUAAUUUACCAACUACUUCCACUACCACCAGCACCACCACCACCUCUACUACUGAAUGUACAAAAAAUUCUGAAUUUGUAUUAGCAUUCAAUGCAAAUGAUUUUGAAAUUAGUAGAGUAAUUGAAAUUCCAAAAUCAAAUAAAGAUAUUCAAGCUCAAUAUAUCAAUGCAAUUCAAACAUCUUAUAAUGGUUUACCAUUGGGUACUGUAAGUUUACCACCAAAUGGUUUCUCUGCAAUUAAUAUCUCAACAAGUGGUGAUAAUAGAACUAUCAAUAGAAAACCAGGUUAUCCUUGUACUGCAAUUGAAAAGAAUGAUGCUAGUGGUGAUAUUUUAAUUGAUAAUCAAUUCAUUUCAAUUGUUAUUGGUUCCAAUGGUAGAAUUAAAAGUUUAAUUGAAAAAUCAGCAAAUAGAGAAGUGAUUAAACAAGAUGGUUCAUUGGGUAAUAGAUUAAUAAUUUUCGAUGAUACUUGUCUAUUUUGGGAUGCUUGGGAUCAAGAGAUUUUCUCAUUGGAGAAACCAUUGUCAAUAUUGGAGGGAACUUGUAAAAUCAUUGAAAAUGGUCCACUUCGUUGUGUGGUUCAAGUUCACUAUGAUUCAAAAGGAUUGCCAAGUGGUAAUGGCUCAGUUAACCAAACCAUCAUCGUUCAUUUCAAUAGUGCUCGUGUUGAUUUCGAAACCAAUGUCAAUUGGAAUGAAGCUCAUAAACUAUUGAGAGUCGAUUUCGAUACCAAUAUUAGAGCAAAGAAUGCAAAUUAUGAAAUUCAAUUUGGUCAUAUCGAACGUCCAACUCAUUAUAACACAAGUUGGGAUUUCGCAAGAUUUGAAGUUGUCGGACAUAAAUGGGCCGAUCUUAGUGAAUAUGAUUUUGGUAUGGCAUUAUUGAACGAUUGUAAAUAUGGUUACUCAACAUUAGGUGGUCGUAUUGGUUUAUCAUUACUAAGAUCACCAAAAUCACCCGAUGAUACUUGUGAUAUGGGUUCUCAUAAAUUCACCUACUCAAUUUAUCCACAUCGUGGUUCACUUCAAUCUGCCUCCGUCAUUAAAGAAGGCUAUUCAUUAAAUAAUAACUUUUAUAUCAGUGAAACACCAUUCUCUUUAGCUUCUACAACUCAUAUCGAUAAAACUUUUAUCUCAACAAAUAAAGAAGCCAUCAUUGUUGAUACAAUUAAAAAAGCUGAAGAUGGCACCUCUUUUGUUGUGCGUGUUUAUGAAUCUUUUGGUGGUGCCACUACUUUUAACUUUACAUCUUCAAUCCUUCCAAUUCCAUUCAAAUCAAUCAUUGAAUGUAAUGGUCUUGAAGAAGUUAAUCAAUCUUCAAAAUCUUAUAAAUUUAAUGAUACAAUUAAAAUUAAUCCAUUUGAAAUCAAAACUUUUAGAUUUAUUUCAAAUUAA